GUAAAAUUUUUUCAGUCAACAAUUUUUCAAAAAUCUUAAUAAGCAAAUUAAAACCAUGUCGAAAGAAAGUGUCCCUCUGUCUUCCAGCUGCUCAGAGCUCCCAGCUCUCACAGCUGAAAUUGCGUGAUUGCGCCGUAGCGAUUUUAGAGGACGUCUCGCGUCUCGACAGUGGUUCUGCCGGUGACGUUGAGAGAAUAGACUCACAGAUGAAGGAGCAGAUGCGUAAGUAG